AUGGCGGACCCCAAAAUCUUCGAAGAGACCUUUGUGAUCGUCGGACACAACCUCGACACAAGCAAGACCACCACCAAAGUCUACGACAGAGUUACCCGCUGGGCUGCACGAUCGAUACCAGAAGCAACGGGAUCGGGCGAUGAUACUGCGGGCUCCAUAACCAUAUCAUUCGAUGUGUGGAAAGAAGGCUUUCCGUGUGCUGUUGGUGAUCAGAUCACAGUAGCUGUUGCAACGACCCUGAACUUGGAUGGCACAAAGAUGGACAAGGGCUUCAGGCCAUUUGAUGAGAACGAGGUGAACUUGGCUUCGCCGUACCACUACGUCGUCACAGGGACCGUGUACCGUUUUGAGGAGUCUAAGGGAGAUAAUCUUGAAUGUCUACUAUCCGCGGGUGGUCUCUUGAUCCAAAUCAUCGGACCUUAUAAGAAGCUUACGCCAUUGCGAGUACAGGAAGUCUAUGUGCUCUUCAAGAAGGAUUCGGGAGUUAUACCCCAGCUAUAA